UAUGGAAUGAACGACUACAUGUCAGAUCAAAUAAAUAAUGAAACAGAAAUUGAAUCAAGACAAGUUAUCUGUAUUCUAAUCAUGCAAAAAGGUUUAGACGUAAAACACUGGGAUCUAGCUUUGGAGGCAAAGAACUAUCGAUCCUUGACGGACUCAAAAUUGACUCCAUUAUUAAACAAAGAAUAUCCCGUGAGACAUGAUGAACCAUUCAUAGCAAGAAAUGUGGACAGUUUUUCCAUGACAAGCAAAAAUACUGAAUACGAUACAACACAGUUAUCAGAAAAUAUACUAGAAUUGGAUGCACCAUAUACACACAAGAAAUAUAUUACUAGUAGCAACGGGGAUCCCAAGAAAAAUGUAAAAACACUGUAUACGGUGAAGAAUGGGCCAAGUUAUGGUUUAAUAAUUUCAAAAAAGCUUAAUCGAACAGUUCGCCUAUUUUCUGAUGUAGAUCUUGCCACUAAUGAUAUUUAUUAUCAAAACUUUGGAAAGAAUUCAAUAUCUGAAGACUCAGUUGACUUAACAGUACUGGAACUUACAACAAAAACAAUGACAGUUAAUCCAGUCAAAAUUAAGUUUACUUUAAAUGAGAUGAAUCCUCGACCAUAUUUAAAGGCUUGUAGACCAAUGCGCAUUUUAACUGGUUCAUCAGCUGUUAUCCAUACGGAUUAUUUAAAUGCAGCAUUGACAAGUGGGUUCAAUUCAGAUCAAAUCACCUAUGAAAUCUUGUACACUCAUCAAGGUCACGUAGUGUUUCUAAACAGUUUGUCUGUUAGUUUAACUACAUUUACACAAGUGGAUCUUCGACGAGGACGAGUUGGAUUUGUUCAUAGCGGUUCACAGAAAGGUACGGCUUGCGGUUUCGCUUUUGUUCUGAUAUACAAUUUACAUCGAUCUGAAAUUUAUCAGUUUCAAAUAAUUCCUGGCACAGUAGAAUUGAAUGUCAUAAGCAAUCGAACAUUGCUAGUAUUCCCCAAAGGAUUUGAAAUAAUCACUCCUCAUCACAUCAAUACUCAAAUAAAGUUCAGUGCCCUGAAACCGAUGGAUUAUGAAUCUAACUCAACUGCGCUGGAGAAUAACAAUCUAUCUAAUACUUCGUCAUCACUUGAAAACGAGUUGGGUCUUUAUGUGGUGUACAAGGUUUUAUCUCAGCCAACACAUGGGUCAAUAGUCAGGUUCAGUGUCACAGACAGAAAUCAUUUGGCCGUUUGGAAUGAUAGUGUAUUUGAAUUCACUCAGGAGGAAAUCAAAUUGGGAAGAAUAGCCUAUACCUUUCACCCGAAUAAAUGGCGUAUAAACAGAAAUCAUUUUACAUUGUUACAAUAUAAUUCUGACAUUGAAGAUGAAUAUAUUGUCAGUGCAAGUAUUGUAAAGCGUACCACCAUUAUGAAUAAAGACAAUGAGAAAAAUUACAAUAAUAAUAAAAAAAAUCAUAAUAUUACUGAUAUAUCAAACUAUGAUGAUUAUGCAGAACACUUAACAUCUCAAAUAAUAUUUGGUUCAAUUUCUAUAUCUUAUGAUUAUAUUUUUAAAUAUAAUCAAAAUCGUCUAUUAAAUAUUAAUCCCUUAAUAUUACAUAAUGGUCAUACUGUUGAAAUUACACUGAAUCAUAUCAAUCCCAAUCCAGUUCGUGAUUUUUUCAGAAAUAAUAGAUCAGAAAGCAAAAAUCUUAAAAUUGCAAGAACUCCAGAACAUGGAGCCCUUUGGUUAGGAUCAAAAAGGAUGAAAACUGGUAGUGUAAUUCCUGGUUUAUUGAGUGGCGAGUUAGAAGAAAAAUUAAUUUAUCAACAUGACGGCUCAUUAACAAAAAAAGACAGUUUCGAACUGCUGGUAUAUCAAUUAAAUCGCUCGUUGACUAGUUAUGAACUACCGAUUAUUUUUCCAAUACAAAUUGUUCCUAACUCGAAUACAUCACUUAAGCUCAUCUAUCCAGGGAUUCAAAUAAAUAGAAAUAAUCUUUUGAGCAUAAGUAAAACUUUAAUUACAGUUGAAAUGAAUGAUUAUGUAACUAUUACCAAUGAACAUUUAUAUGUCCAGCAUGAAUUUAUUCAGCCACAAUUCAUUUACAUACAUUUUAAAAUAUUGCCAAAAUAUGGUAAACUAUACUAUUCAUAUAAUUCAUUUAAACAAGAGCAUGAUAUUUUGACACCUGAAUGUGAAACAUUGUAUAAAGUCACACAAAAUGAUGUCAAUCUGAAAAGGCUCAGAUAUUUUGCAAAUAAUGUUGAUGGAAGCAAACAAGAUCCUAAUAUAGCUUUAUACGAUUCGGUUACAUUUGAGAUUUAUCAAAAUGAAUAUCCUAAUCUACAAAUGAAUAAAUUAAGCGGUGUUUUACAAUUUCAAAUCAUACUGAACAACAUUAUGCUGAACAAUUCAGUACAAUUAACUCUGUUACAAAAUGAAACAAAAUUAUGGCUUAAUGCAGAAAUGUUACAAGUCCAAUCAAAUAGAUGGAAAAACUAUCAACGCGAUUACCAAACAAAUCCCUUUACAUUCUUCCAUAUCAAACAACUGCCUAGUUAUGGCAAAGUAUUCGUAGAUACAAUCCCUAUACAUAGAUUCAGCUACACACAGUUAGAACAGAACCGAGUAUACUACGAGAAGACAAAUUUCUCAUCACCACAUGAUUCAUUUACCAUUGCAAUAAAAAAAUCCGUCUGCGGAACGUCUUUGAGAACUCGAUCAAAUAUCUUUGAUUGGCUACCUGAUGAAUUAUCUAGCGAACACUCUUCAUACAUGACUCUUACCGUGAGUAUAACUGUACAGUCGUUGAUUUCCUUUGACACACUUUAUGUUACUCCUGGGAAAAUGACUAAAAUUAAUGCAGAAAACUUGGAAAUAAGUAAAUUCCAUGAACUUUUGCAUAAAUAUAACAUUCCAAACCAAAUAUCAACUAAGAACAAUCGUAAGGUCAUGUCAAUCACAAUGUUCACAUUUCCAACUGGAACGAUGUUAAAAUCAGGGAGAUUUUAUAUUAAUAACCGAUUAGUUAUUUCAAGUGGUUAUUUAAAUGAUAAACUAACUAGUUCUAUAGGUAUCAGUUUACAAGAUUUCCUAUCAAACAAUGUUUAUUUUGAAGCAUAUCAAAUACCUAAUGAAAGUAUAGAAAUUUAUGAAGAAACUAUUCCAUAUAUAUUCACUUUAGGAACAUUUUAUACUCCACAAAUGUACUUCAUCACUUCAGAUCCUAUUUUUGUACAACCAGGUUAUGGUGAUUUAAAAAUUUCAAUAAAAAACUUUUUAUUUCCCACAACAGCUAAUAAUAGCUUUACUAAUAAUGACAGUAUAAAUCGAAGUGUCUCAGUUCCAUCACCUUCAGUAGUAUCGUCGACAAGUAAGCUAGAUAUGAUCAAAAAUAUUUCCAGAUAUUCUGGUACUGGAAGAAUCGCAUUUACAAUUGCAGGGCUUUCCCUAUCUUUAGCAUUUAUAUCAGUUGUAAUAAUAUGUUCAAUCGGUUGUUGCAUAUAUAAACGUAAGAAUAAAACAAGUAAAAAGAUUAUAGGAAUGUCGAACCAAUCAGCAGAAAAAGUAUCUACUUCUUUUCCAUUGACAAUGACCACAUUAACAAGAGAAACUGUGAAUAGUCCAAAUAAGUAUAUACUGAAGUCAAAUCAUGACUCCAUCGAGUUAUGCUCAGUUCAUGAUAUAAAUGAUAGUGAGAAACUUCAUUCCGAUGAAGGAGUUAACAAUCUUACAUCGUCAAAUCAAUCAUCGAGAGUCACAUUUGAUAACAAAGUUGAUAUUAAUCGUAUCAUUACUGUAGAACCCUCCGUGCAAUCAGCACAAGACUUUUCGUGCAAUUGUGAUUUUAGUGGAGCAGUUGUUUACUGGACAACAGACAUGGAAGCCGCUGGUGCUAUACCGUCUAUCAGCUGUCAAAGUGAUAAUAAUUUUUCCAAUUGUGGUAAUUAUUACACUAAUCAUGCGUUUCAUUUGAUUUCUACAAACGAUAAAAUAAUAUCACAACCACCAAUAUUAUCUUCUCCAAUACCAUCAAAUAUUUUGCGAACGCAACAACAUACAGCACAGCUUUCUAGUCCCGUUCUUCUUGCUCAGCUUCCUACGACUAGUUUGAAUUUACCACAUUUAACAUUCUUUUCUCCAUCUGAAGCGGCCAAUCAAAUUAACAUGAAUGUUAUUCCACUGGAGUCACAAUUUCUAAAUGCCACCAAAGUCGAGAAUGAUAAAAAUAAUUCGAAAAGGAAAGUCGAAAAUAUACAAAUUAGUUCUGAAAUCGCCGAUCAAGAUAAUUUAAAAAGUUUUGAUAAGGUGACUGAAUCACGUUGCGAUGAUUCUUUGUGUAAUGAAAGUCAAAAGUGUAACAGUACAAAUACACCAUUGAUUUGCAUUCAAAACAAUGUAUAUGGUAAAUAUUUUGAUGUCAGUCAUAUGAAUGAAGUAAUUUGACAAAUUAAGAUGAGACUGAUGACUGUGAUACUACACCAGUGAAUAUAAUCAUUUAUCUUAAAUCAUAUGUAAAUUUUAUUUCCUCUUGCCAGAUAAGCAAAUAACGAGUACUAUUUUACUAACCACAACCUCUAUUAGUUGACUUUCAUGCAUAUAAAGUUGCACAAUUUAAUUUUGUAAUAUAAAAAAAUAAUUUCUUAUUUCUUUUCUUUAUGCCUUAAUAGAUCCUAAUAACCAUUUUUGUAAAUAUUUGUACAUAAUGACCACUUUUCUAGAAUUUUAAAAAGAUGAAAAAUAUAUACAAAAUGUUUGAUCAAA